UGCUUUCCUCGAAAAUUUAAUAAAAGAAAGGAAAACUCUCUGCUGCCCUUUUGCUUUUUGUAUCCGUUUAGACCCCAUGUUCACUCUCAGUCUCUCUCCUCUCCCAACUACAAAAUCUCUCUAAAUUCCCAACUUUCCCGAAUAUAUAUAACAAUUUCCUCAUCAGCCAAACAGCCAACUCCCGAGAAAUUUCCACUCCUACGCCGGAAACAAUGUCGGCCUCCGGCGACGCAUCUAACGAAACCUCCAAAAGCUCUCUCUCUCGCACACUUAACUCCGAAACGCCGUUUCUUAAAAUUAAGCUAUACGUUUUUUUCGUAGUCGCCGUAUGCAUAUUAUUGGUUUCUCUGUUAGUCUGUGUCUGCAUUAUCCGGUGCCGAACUUCUCGGAAGCGAAAAAUGCGCGUGAAGCAUAGCUCUGGCAUGAUCCCUCUGGUAUCCAAGGAGAUCGUGGAGAUCAAGGCGGUGGGUCGGAUAGAUAGUUUUCAGAAAGGAGGGGGUAAGAUUGGAUAUGGUGAGUUAUUGAAAAAGGGGGAGAUUGAUGUUAUUAAAGAUAUUGAGGAAGAGAGGGAGAAAAACAAGAGUGAAAAGAGUGAUGAUUGCGGUUCAGGCUCGAGCAAUGUGUCAAUGGCGGAUGCGCAGAAUAUCGGGUGGGGCCGGUGGUAUAGCUUGAAAGAACUGGAGAUUGCCACACGUUUCUUCGCCGGCGGUAAUGUGAUCGGUGAAGGUGGGUACGGCGUCGUAUAUAAGGGUUUCUUGCGGGAUGGGUCGGUGGUAGCUGUCAAGAAGCUUCUUAACAACAAGGGUCAGGCAGAGAAGGAGUUCAAGGUGGAAGUUGAGGCCAUUGGAAAAGUAAAGCAUAAGAACUUGGUGGGAUUAAUAGGUUAUUGUGCAGAAGGUCCUCAAAGGAUGCUUGUUUAUGAAUAUGUUGACAACGGCAAUUUGGAACAGUGGUUGCAUGGUGAUGUUGGGCCGGUAAGCCCUCUAUCCUGGGACAUUCGAAUGAAGAUUGCCAUUGGGACAGCAAAAGGGCUAGCCUAUUUGCAUGAAGGGUUAGAGCCCAAAGUCGUACACCGUGAUGUGAAAUCUAGCAACAUUCUUCUUGAUAAAAAGUGGAACCCUAAAGUAUCUGAUUUUGGAUUGGCCAAGCUCUUAGGAUCUGAGGCAAGCUAUGUGGCUACACGUGUGAUGGGGACAUUUGGCUAUGUUUCCCCCGAGUAUGCUAGUACAGGUAUGCUUAAUGAGGGGAGUGAUGUGUAUAGUUUUGGAAUUCUACUCAUGGAGAUAAUUACGGGAAGGAGCCCGGUUGAUUAUUCUAGACCACCUGGAGAGAUGAACUUGGUUGAAUGGUUUAAAGGAAUGGUGGCAAGUCGUCACGGAGAAGAGAUAUUAGAUCCUCUAAUUGAAAUUCAGCCCACUCCUAGAGCACUGAAACGGGCCUUGCUAAUCUGUCUCCGUUGUAUAGAUUUGGAUGCCAAUAAGCGGCCAAAGAUGGGGCAAAUUGUUCAUAUGCUCGAGGCGGAUGAAUUUCCUUUCCGUCCUAUUACUCCUGAACCGCGGGUAUCUCGAGAGAAAGAUACUCUUUCUCUUCCUCCACAAGCUGUUUCAAACGAAGUUCCACACCCAAUCAAGCCAGCAGUUGGCAAUGUGGAGAGGUCGAGGAGGAGAUAGUUGUUUAGAUAUCAGUAGUGCCUAAAGGUCAGAAUAUUUUGUAGCAAAACCUUCACACUACAUAAAGAAAUCAUAGGCCUUGAAUGUGCAUAUUAUUUCAUCUAUCCUUCCUUUUCUUAUUCUCAUUCUUAAAAUGUAAAAACAACUCUCAUGCACAAGGCUUCCGCAGUGAACAGAGUCAGAGACAUGCAAGAUUUACACAGCCUUGCCUCGCAUAGUAAGCGGAGAGGUUAGACCUUUAAAUUGCACCUGCAACUUAACCACUGCCUGUUAAAUGUAGACAACUCACAUGUACAAUGCUCUUGCUGUGGAUAGCAUCAGUGAUAUGCAGGAUCUACUUAAAAUUUACCCUACAUAAUAUAUAGAAACCGUUUUCAGGAAUUGAGGCAUGUAAAUAAGUAUUUGCUUUAUCUUAAUACGUCCCUGUUUUUGGUUGGCUUGCU